AUGGAUCCUCCAUAUCAACCACCCGGUCCACAGCAGGUCUUUCCGCAGGCAAUGCCGCCUCCAGACGGGCCUCCCAACUACCAGCGCUCGGCACCGUCCCAGCUCCAGCUCCCAGCACCGCGACAGUUGCUUCAUUACGCUGAUACUUAUCGACAGGCCUCUUCUCAGAGCCACCCUGGCCAUCGGAGUUCAUCUGCUAGCCUCCCUGCUCCUCAUCAGCUAGUUGUCCCCCCACCCGCACAGCCGCAGCAUCAUCAAUCUCAUCAUCACCACCAUCAUCAUCAACAUCAUCAUCAACAACGACAACAACAACAACAACAACAACAACAACAACAACAACAACAACAACAACAAGAUCACCUGCCUGCGCUGAACCCCAGCCACGCCCCAAGGAGGAGUUAUGCAAAUGAGGGGGCAGCGUCCCCUGCAACAGAUGCUCAGCCUAACCAACUUGUGCUUACUUCGGUCUCCAAUGUGGAUGAAGUUGAAGGUUACCAGUAUCAUCUCGACGUUAUACAGCAGCCUAAGCGGGCCCGUAUGUGUGGCUUUGGUGAUAAGGAUCGUCGGCCCAUCACACCCCCACCCUGUGUUCGCUUGUCAAUGAUUGACAUGACCACUGGUAAAGAAAUCAACUACAACGAAAUUGACCACGCCACGUUUGUCCUAAACGUCGAUCUUUGGAAUGCCGACGGGACAAGAGAGGUAAACCUCGUUCGCUCCUCUGCCGCGGCCUCAUCAUCGGCCGCGUCAUCUAUAACCUCUCAGGGUUUCGAUUGCCAUAAUAGCGCAGAAGCAUCUCAUGGCAUGCAUUUGUUACCGUCAGGGCGUGAUGCGUCCUGCAGCCGGCAACUCGCACCUCAAUACCAAGCGGGACCAGCCCAAGCAAGCUAUAAUGGUGGGAUUCAUAAUCGCUCGGGUGGCACUUACACCUCCUCGGCUCAACACUACCAGCAGCACCACGGCUAUGGAACAGAGCAACUGAUACUACCACAAAGCAACGGUCACCAUUCGCGAGCAGCCUCGACUUCCGAAGGAGGCCACGGUCCAGAGUCAGGGAUCAUAUCAAGAGCGAGUGUCAAUGGAGGGCAGCCACAAGGCAUGUUCACUCGAAAUUUGAUUGGUAGCGUCACUGUCAGUGCGUUCAACUUGUGCGACACGGAAGACAAGCGAGGUAUCUGGUUUGUUCUCCAAGACCUCAGUGUGCGGACGGAAGGAAACUUUCGCCUUCGUUUCUCAUUCGUGAAUGUCGGCCCACGAGGAGGGCGUGUCCCUCUAGACGGCAACACAGCGAAAGUUGUCACAGGCCGAGCUCUGAUUCUCGCAUCUUCAUACAGCGAAAUAUUUAACGUUUUUUCAGCAAAGAAAUUUCCGGGCGUUUGCGAAAGCACAGCUCUAAGCAAGACCUUUGCAGCGCAAGGCAUCAAGAUACCUAUUCGCAAGGAAGCCAGUGGGAAGGGUGAUGAUGAAGAUGGCUAUGGGGAUUAG